ACAAAAACAUUUUUGACGUUGUCUUCAGUUAAACCUCUCCAAAACCUCUCAGGUCAUUAUUAGUUAUCCUCUUGUUGGAAAAUAAUAUGAUAAUUAGAAAGCCCCAUUUCCAUUUAUGAACCUCCUCCUCCUCCUCCUCCUCCUCCCCUCUCUCUUAUCCUCUUCCAAUGACUUCUCUUGACAUAUCCACACCUCUUAUCUUCAAACUCCACUCCUCCACUAAGCUGCGGAGACUUUUCUCUGUGAAAUUACCUUAUCGCCACAACCACAAACCAUCAUUUUCCCUCACCAAUGCCGUCCGCACCCAAACAGCAGUUCCCUUUUCCAGCCGUACAGCCACCCCGAAGUACAAGAUUGAGACGGAGCAGGACCCCAUCUCCAUCCUCAACGAGAGAAUUCGCCGGCAACACCAUGGAAAGAGAGAUGGCUCAAGGCCCAUAAUGGAUUCUGAAGAGGCUGAUCAGUACAUACAGAUGGUUAAAGAGCAGCAGCAGAGGGGAUUGCAGAAGUUGAAAGGCGACAGGGUGGCAAAAGAAGGGGAUGUUUUUAGUUACAAGGUGGAUCCUUAUACACUUCGUUCUGGGGAUUAUGUUGUGCAUAAGAAGGUGGGAAUUGGGAGGUUUUUUGGCAUUAAGUUUGAUGUGCCAAAGGGUUCUUCAGAGGCUAUUGAAUAUGUGUUCAUUGAAUAUGCUGAUGGGAUGGCUAAGCUUCCUGUUAAGCAGGCUUCUCGUAUGCUUUAUCGAUACAAUCUCCCGAACGAAACGAAAAGGCCUCGGACAUUGAGCAAAUUGAGCGAUACUGGUGCAUGGGAAAGGAGAAAGACAAAGGGAAAGGUUGCAAUACAGAAAAUGGUGGUUGACUUAAUGGAGCUGUAUUUACAUAGACUAAAACAAAGAAGACCUCCCUAUCCAAAGACUCCUUUCAUGGCUGAAUUUGCUGCUCAAUUUCCUUAUGAGCCCACACCAGACCAGAAGCUGGCUUUCAUUGACGUUGAGAGGGAUUUGAACCAGAGAGAAACUCCAAUGGACCGAUUAAUCUGUGGAGAUGUUGGGUUUGGUAAAACAGAAGUUGCUUUACGUGCUAUCUUUUGCAUUGUUUCAGCAGGAAAGCAAGCUAUGGUUUUAGCACCAACAAUUGUUCUGGCCAAACAACAUUUUGAUGUUAUUUCAGAACGCUUUUCCAAGUAUUCUCAUAUCAAGGUUGCACUUCUGAGUCGGUUUCAGAGUAAAGCAGAGAAAGAGAUGUAUUUGAACAUGAUUGAACAUGGUCAUUUGGACAUUAUCGUGGGCACUCAUUCACUUCUUGGAAAUCGUGUUGUGUAUAACAACCUAGGCCUUCUUGUAGUGGAUGAAGAACAGAGAUUUGGUGUCAAACAGAAGGAGAAGAUUGCUUCAUUCAAAACUUCAGUUGAUGUUCUCACUCUCUCUGCAACACCUAUACCUCGAACACUUUAUUUAGCAUUGACUGGAUUUCGGGAUGCAAGUUUAAUUUCAACUCCACCCCCAGAAAGAGUUCCUAUAAAGACCCAUCUGUCGGCAUACAAUAAAGAUAAGCUAAUAUCAGCAAUCAAAUAUGAGCUGGACCGUGGUGGGCAAGUAUUUUAUGUCCUGCCUCGUAUUAAAGGGCUGGAAGAAGUGAAGGAUUUCCUUGAACAAUCAUUUCCAAAUGUAGAAAUAGCUGUUGCACAUGGGCAGCAAUAUUCAAAGCAGCUUGAGGACACCAUGGAGCAAUUUGCACAAGGUGAAAUUAAGAUUCUUAUAUGCACAAAUAUAGUAGAAAGUGGGCUUGAUAUUCAAAACGCAAAUACCAUCAUAAUUCAAGAUGUUCAGCUAUUUGGUCUAGCUCAAUUGUAUCAGUUACGUGGAAGAGUGGGCAGGGCAGAUAAGGAAGCUCACGCGCAUUUAUUUUACCCUGACAAGUCAAUGUUAACUGAUCAGGCGCUGGAGAGGCUAGCAGCUCUGGAAGAAUGCCGAGAACUUGGCCAAGGUUUCCAACUUGCAGAGAGAGACAUGGGUAUAAGAGGCUUUGGUACCAUCUUUGGUGAGCAACAGACUGGGGAUGUUGGGAAUGUUGGAGUUGAUUUCUUCUUCGAAAUGCUUUUUGAAAGUUUGUCCAAGGUUGAUGAGCACAGGGUAAUUUCAGUUCCUUACCAGUCAGUACAGAUUGAUUUAAAUAUAAACCCUCAUCUCCCUUCUGACUACAUAAAUUAUUUGGAGAACCCCAUGGAAAUUAUUAAUGAAGCUGAGAAAGCUGCAGAGACAGAUAUAUGGAGUUUGAUGCAAUUUACAGAAAAUCUGCGUCGCCAGUAUGGAAAAGAGCCUAGCUCCAUGGAAAUUCUAUUGAAGAAGCUUUAUGUAAGGAGAAUGGCAGCAGAUAUUGGGAUAACAAGAAUUUAUGCAUCUGGAAAGAUGGUUGGCAUGGAAACAAAUAUGAGUAAAAAGGUUUUUAAGCUGAUGACAGAUUCAAUGUCAUCUGAAAUGCAUAGAAACUCUUUGUUUUUUGAUGGAAACGAAAUAAAGGCUGAACUUCUUUUGGAGCUACCGAGAGCACAGCUGCUAAAUUGGAUCUUUCAAUGCAUAGCAGAACUCCAUGCUUGCCUGCCUGCCCUUAUAAAAUACUAGUAUCAUUUACUCUACAGAAUUAGCCCUUCCAUGAACUUUCCCUUUUGCACAGUUUCACCAGUGAUUCUUGAAGAGGCAAACAAGAAUGCGUAUCUCCAAGUUGUGUUCCCCUCUGGUCUAAAGUGCGUGUGAAAUUUCAUCAAGACGUUCCAAACCAAAACUGAGCACCAAACUAACAAAUAUUUAGAAACAUAUUUGUUUCAUGUCAUGGCGCGUGGUUGGGAUUAUACCGAGGCAUUAUGUGAAGGAUACACAGGUGUAAAGUGGUUGGAUUAAGUCAUUCUCGUGCUACAAAGAGCAGUUUUCACUGGGAGAAGACCGAACAUAUUGGUGAUGGUGACCGUGACAUGUCUCGUAUCAUCUUUUCAGCAUGAACAGGAUGUAAGGUAUGAAUUCAGCAAGGGGAGUGAGCACUGCUCCUUUUUCUGCGCCAUUGUCACAAAGAAGCUUCCAUAUCGGUUGGUGCUAAAGAAUCAAUAAUGUUAUUAACUACAUCUUAGCAUGCAUUUUUGAGAGAUGCAUGAUGAUGGUCAGAAGGAUGGUUUGUGUUGUUUAUAGGUGAUUUAGGAAAACAUCUACUUCUUUCAGAAAUCCGUGCUGAAUUGCCACGAGAUAAUUGGGGACAAUUUGUAAAGAGAGAAGGCAUGGUGAUUGUGAUUGUUGAACACCAUAAUUUACCCUUGUGCCUGUGUGCAUCAAAAAGUCUUGAAUUGCCACGAGAUAA